AUGCAUGUUUUUCGUAUCGCAUUCAAUGUACCGAUUAUGGAAGGAUCUAGUCAAAUAGAUUCAUUGGCUGCUGGUACAAGUACUCAUCCAGUUGAUAUGUCAUUUGACAAGAUAGGCUCUCCAGUUUCAAGCGUCGACAUUAAAUUAAUUGAUAUACUUGGUACAAUCUAUCGAAGUGAAAUGAAUCAAGGAGAAAUAUGGAUUCGAAGAUCAAGUGUCUUUAAAGAUCGUACACAGCAUAUAUUUAAACUUAAUCAUGGAAAAUACAUUGCACCAGAACAUCUUGAAGAUCUUUAUAUUCGUUCCAGGUGGGUCGCACAAAUUUUUAUUGAUAGCAUUUUGACAGAAGCAACUGUUGUAGCUAUUCCAAUACCGGAUGAAGAAUAUGUUCAAAAGAAUUUUCAAUUAAUACGCAAUGAAACAGCAUUUGCCGAUUUAUGCAAGAAUGCUGAAUUAAAAGAAAUUAUUUUAUCCGAUCUAAAACAGUUGGCCGAAAAAAAAACUUAA